AUGCGUUCUUACAUCAACGGAUUUAUUCCAGAGUUGAAGUGCAUACUCUCUCUAGCAUGGCCCCUGGUGAGUAGUCUCUUCCUACAUUUAAUAUCCCUGGUUUAUUCGUGUCCACUUUGGUGUAGCCCACCAUAAUAUAGAACAAUGUCAUCUGGAUAAUUACUGUUUCCUGAUAAAUGUGCAUGUAAACUAAUUGUCUUGUUUUGUGAGCGGGUUUGCUUUUCUGUGAUGUACUUUUGGGAUUCUUUACAAGUUUAAAUUUACGGCAUCUAUACAUGAAUUGUGUUGUCCCUUUCGAUGCCAUUUCCCACUGUACACUCAAAAUAUUUAUCGAAGUUCCCUUACUAAUAAUUCGACAUUUUUCUUUAGAUGCUAACGCACCUCCUGCGCUUUAUCAAUCCAUCCCUCAGCAUUAUGAUUUGUGGUCACCUUAGCCGGGAAGAGCUAGAUGCAGCCUCCCUUGCAAACUCCGUAAGACUCGACUUAAACUUACUACUUUUUGCAUUGAGCGUUUGCAGGAAGUCGUGACCCAGUCUCAGAUGUCUAAGAUUCCCUCUGAAGUUUUGAUUCGAAUAACCAAUGCAAGAUGAGAUACCUAUCUAUUGACAUUCCGCGUUGUUUUGACUGUCACAUUUCAAGGCAGUAGGAUUUUUGGACGGAUUAUUUUUAAAAAAGGGUUUUUACUGUCACUUGUUUCGAGGUUAAAAGAACAAGCAUGGAUAUGUUAAGAUAGUAACUUUAAUUCGCUAGAAUGAGGUAGAAAGUUCGUCUUGUUUCAUUGAAUGAGAAUUUUGACUUUUUUAUGCUUAUGCCCCACUCCCAUACUCUGCCGUGAAUUGAAUGGUUCGGAUGCAUAAAAUCAACAGUUAUUCGCGUCAGGUAACUAAUAGGCGGGCGUUUUUCGGAUAUUAACUAGUGGCUUGGUUACGAAUAUAAAUUAAUCGAUACCGAGAGCAGUGGCGAAAUAUGACUUGUCCGAAGCAUCAUGUGAGGUUUUUAGCUGUUUGAAGUUAAUGUGCAAUAAUUCGUGAUUUUUUCGCACCCCUGGGAUUGAAGGCCUGUGCAGCAUUGGUCCAGUCCUAUUUUUAUACUGCCUGCACGCUCCAUUUGUAUGAUACAGGGUCUAUGGAAUUUAUCACUUUGGCCAGCCAGACCUUUUGUGCAGUCUGCGUACCAGUUCAUCACACCAGCGAAGCGAAACUUUUUACACCAUGAUUGUCUACAAAAGACACCAGAAAGAACUAGUUUAAGUCGGCUAACCAAUUAUCUGUCCCCAUUAGUAAAAGGUACGGUGUUCCUAAGUUUCAAGACGUCAUUAUUUUCCAAAGUAUGUCAGUCUGGUUAUAAGGGUGCCAGUUCCAGUGCCACUUGUCAGUCAAGACAAUUCAGUAUAAGAUUCAACUAAUUCUUCUUAAGAUGCCAGCGCAAAGUCAGCUUCCAUUCUGCGAAUCGCCAGUUUUUAGAUGGAGUGUCCAUUAGUCAUAGAGUAUGCGGUCCGAGUAGGGUCAGACGCUAGAGCGCCAUCCCUCUACAAACUCUGUCCUGUUGAGCGCAACUGUGAGCCUGGAGCAAUUGAUUUUACUAGCACUUAAACUGCUCACUUUUUAUCCACGCCUUCAAUGUUAAUUUGUCUCUCGCUCAUGCUGGUUCGUAUAGGUACUACAGUAAUUCUAAUCGUUUUGGAUCACCGUUUUAUGGUCAAACAUUUUCAUUUGACCGUUAGAAAUGUUCGUUUAUUAAUUUCCAAAUUGUUGCAUUGCCAUUCUUUCCAAAAAUGCUAAUCAUACUGCUACUUAGGAAUUGUCGACUGCUUUCUGCAAAGGUAUUUACAGUAGUUUAUACUCAGCGCACAAAGCGCCUUAUUGUCGCUUUCCGAUCUACUUAUAGCACUUUUUUGUAACCGUCACUACUCGAUGGCCAAAUGCCUACUCACUAAAAUAUUACAUACGCAGUGGUCAUUUUUUAAACUUUCAAUGCUCCUGUUCCUCCAAUAAAACUUGGAAAAACUCCCCAAACCUGGUUUCGAAGUAGUACUAACAGAAGAAUUCACAUUACCUAACAGAGUUGUGCGCUCGUCUUACAACCUUUCGGACUUUGUACCAGUUUGUUGAAGUUAAUCACUGAGGACUUGCUGAGAACUUGGGCUGUGUAGAUUUACUAGCUUGGUUUUAAAUAAGCUGUUGAGCACAAACGAACUAACAGUUCAUGUAUUAGAACCCCCACCUAUUUAUAUCGGAAAGCACUUUUGUUUACAUGGUUAACCCUAGUAACCGUACGGCGUUAUUGCUGUUAUCCGAUAUAUAGACUUGAUAUCGUCUGGAAUAGCCGGUAGCAGUUUUUUCGAAUUUAACUGGGAGCUUUCACCACAGGGAGAUCACCAAAAGCCUUCUCACUUCAUUGUUAAAGUUGGUCUUCCGUGCCCUGUCUGUUUGACAUCUUGAGAACAAGAGAACCUCUUUAGUGACGGUUCACGGCCGCCACAUGACAGUGUUUUCCUCGUGCAUUGCGACUUUUCAGGGCGUAGGCGGACUGCCAAUUGUCAACCUUCCGCACCCGGGUAUCCUUGCGGCCGCUUGAAUGCGACCGUUCGUCGUACGCAAGAGUACGCUUACUCAGCAGCUAGUCUUCGCUAAAAGCAGUUGCACUAUCCAUCAAUCGUUGACUCGCCGGCUACCCAGCAUCUAGACCGAUAGCCAGAUUCGUCGUACUAGCAGCAUAUUUCACGGCGUCUCGCCUUGCUACUUGUAACGUUCACUUCAGCUUUUAUUGCUCAUCGUCAAAUGGACCAUGAGCUGAGAAGUGGAUUGAGUCAACGUCUGGGUCCUAGCUGAUAAUCAGGCCUAUUUCAAUGAAAAUAUUACAUGUUAUAUUCUCUUAAUGACAUUCGAUACGUUUUUCCUCUUCAGAAUGAGUCGACUUAACGCUGUUAAGACAGAAACCUGUUCUCCUUAUACAAUGGAUAUUUCGAUUCGACUCAAUCGUUGUCACUUCAUGACCAACAAAAGCCAAAAUACGUCAAUCUAGGGUCUUUUGCCACCCUCAUAAGUUGUCCCGAGUCGCUUCAUUGAACAUCAGGUCGUUGCUAAGCCGUACCGAAGGUCUGAUAAUGCCUUUUACAAUCUCACUGACGCCAUUUCGCUUCUUUAGCCUCGCACGGUGGGCUAAAUUGCCUCAACAGUCAGUAAUUGGCAAUGGUUGCUCGAAAUAUGCAAAAGUUUCGUUUUUUGUGAUACAGUGCACUCGCUUGUUUACUACCAUGUCGUUCGCGCAUUUUCUCCCUCCCAUUGGGGUUCCAUGCGUAAGUAGACCACGUGGAAAGUGGAUUUUGCCGUUUGAACUAAUUACAUUUACAGCCGUCUCUUAGACACGGCUUUGUCAGAGAAAUUCUUUAAAAUCAUAUGGCAUUACCGAUUUAUCUGAACUGCGGAACGGAGAUGGGUAUUUUUCGUUAUAUCUUGGAGCUCCGGGUAUAGAACUGUCUUAGGCAGUUGCUUAGCGGCGAACAUUCAGCAACCAGAGGUGUUACGGACAGAGGCAAGAAAGAUUAGAUUGACUAUUUUUGCUUAUUUGCCUGUUUUACCAAUUCUCAAUCGCAAUAGUGGAGACUGGCUCCAAUGGUAGUGUUUCUGAGUUACAACAGCUUGACGGUCUACCGAACUGGGUUAAAACUUCAGGUGGUCAAACACUCGUACUUAGUGGGACCGCGGAUAUUUCGUCGACCCCCACUCAAUUCUUUACCGAGAAGGUCGUAGUCCUAAGAGCGACAGGUGCAUGCUAGAUAUAUGAUAUUGUCGUGGCGACUACUGGUGCCCACGCAUACCUUUGGAUUUUAAGCGACAAGACGCUAUUUCUUGAGACUGGUCCUUUUAUACAAAACCUUGCAUGUUGCUGACAUGCUUAUGCCGCAGGUAGCACACAUCGUGUCUGAAGGGUUUCAAAUCUCUAUCCGAUGCAACAUUUUUGUAUUCUCUCAUUCGCUAUAGGUUAUCAAUGUUCUCGGUCUGAGCAUAGAUAUGGGCUUCUCGACUGCCUCGGAAACACUAUUCUGUCAGGUUGGUCACAUCACUCAUUAA